AUGGACAUUCCCAUACUCGACUUCUCCGAAUUCGCCAGUGGCAGCCAGAGCCAGCAGGAUGACUUCUGCAAGCGUCUCUAUGCCUCGCUGUCCUCUUUAGGGUUCGUCAAGAUCAGGAACCACAGCAUCCCAGAUGCUGUCCUUGAUCAGGUCUUUGACUGGACCCAGAGCAAAGGCUUCUUCGGCAUGCCGCUCGAAGACAAGAUGCAAGCCGCCCACCCCGAGAAGCCAAACCCCCAUCGAGGCUGGAGCUGCGUCGGACAAGAGAAGCUCUCCGUCAUCAGACAGGGAAAAGCCGUAUUCGACCUCAAGGAAUCCUUCGAUCAAGGCCCCGCCAAUGACACGCUCUAUCCAAACAUCUUCCCCCCAGAAAACACCCUCCCCGGCUUCCGUUCCUUCAUGGAAUCCUUCUACACGCACUGCCAAACACUACACCUCAGUCUCCUCUCGGCAAUCGCCCUCUCCCUCUCUCUCGACCCGACCUUCUUCAUCCCCCGCUGCGGCACAAACAGCUCCGAACUCCGCCUAAACCACUACCCGGCAACCAAGGCGUCCCUGCUCGAAAACGGCGAGAAGAUGCGCAUAUCCUCGCACACCGACUUCGGGACAAUCACCCUGCUCUUCCAGGAUGAGGUCGGGGGGCUGGAGGUUGAGUCGCAGGAGCGGGACGGCGUGUAUAUCCCCGUCCUCCCGUCCGCGGCCGGGCGAGAUAUGAUCGUCAAUGUCGGCGACUGUCUGCAGCGGUGGACGAAUGAUCGGCUACGGUCGGCGAAUCACCGGGUGACGCUGCCGGUUGGGAUGAAGGAUUCUGCUACUUCUACAGUAAUUGAGGUGCCGGACCGCUACUCGAUUGCGUACUUUGGGAAGCCAGACCGCGAGGCCCUGGUUGCUGCGAUACCGGAGUUGGUGGGGGAGGGCGAGCAGCUGCGGUAUGAGGGUGCGAUGACGGCGUGGGAGUAUAACCAGUCCAGACUGCUGCAGACUUACUAG